CCUUCUUUUUUGGGGGGGCAAGGCUGGGGAAGAAGAGUUCCACCGCUUCUCUGGAAACCCUGUACAGAUUGAUUAGUAUUGUUGUUAGAUUCUUCUAUUUUUGUGGACUUCCCAAAGGCCAGUUUUGCUCCCAACCCAGAAGGACAAAAAGAGAGGAAUGAAGCCUGGCGCUGGAGGAGGGUCCCUGACCUUAUAUGGGGGGCUUUUGCUGAUCUUGACCACGUUUUGCUUCGGGACAGCAAAUGGAAAAAUCUGUGGGCCAAACAUCGAUCUCCGCAACAACAUUGAGCAGCUCAAAGAACUGGAGGACUGUACGGUGGUGGAAGGGUACCUGCGCAUCCUGUUGAUCAACCAAGGUGAGGAUUUCAGCAACAUCCGCUUCCCGAAGUUGACCAUGAUCACAGACUACUUGCUGCUCUUCCGGGUGGCCGGCCUGGAGACCCUGAGCGACCUCUUCCCCAACCUCACCGUUAUCCGGGGCCGGAACCUGUUCUACAACUAUGCCUUGGUCAUCUUCGAGAUGACCAACCUCAAGGAGAUUGGACUGUACAACUUGAGGAACAUCACCCGAGGGGCCAUCCGGAUUGAGAAGAAUUCGGACCUGUGUUACCUCUCGACCAUCGACUGGUCCCUCAUCUUGGAUGCCGUCUCCAACAACUACAUCGUGGGCAAUAAGCCGGCAAAAGAGUGUGGAGAUUUAUGCCCGGGAACGGCGGAGCAGAACCCACUUUGUGAGAAGACAUCGAUCAACAACGAAUACAGCUACCGCUGCUGGACUUCCAACCACUGCCAGAAAAAGUGUCCCAGAUCUUGCGGGAAAAAUGCGUGCACCGAGCACAACGAAUGCUGCCACCCGGAAUGCUUGGGGAGCUGCACCAUGCCCAACAACAACACGGCAUGUGUGGCUUGUCGCAACUACUACCAUGAUGGCGCAUGCGUGCCCACCUGCCCCCCCAACACCUACAAGUUCGAGGGCUGGCGCUGCAUCACCAAGGAGAACUGCUCCCGAAUCCUGCUUUCUCCGGAGAGCCUCGAGUACGAGAGCUUUGUGAUCCAUGAGGACGAGUGUCAGCACGAGUGCCCGCCUGGGUUUAUACGCAAUGAUACACAAAGCAUGUUCUGCAGCCCUUGUGAAGGACCUUGCCCCAAAGUGUGCGCGGAUGAGAAAACCAUCACCAUUGAUUCCGUCACGUCGGCACAGUCCUUGAAAGGAUGCACAGAAAUCAAAGGGAACCUGCUUAUCAAUAUCCGUCGGGGCAAUAAUAUUGCUUCCGAACUGGAGAACUUCAUGGGCCUGAUUGAAACCGUGACUGGCUACGUGAAGAUCCGCCACUCGCAUGCCCUGGUGUCUCUGUCUUUCUUGAAGAAUCUACGGUACAUUAAUGGAGAGGACCAGCUGGAAGGGAAUUACUCCUUUUACGUCCUGGACAACCAGAACCUGCAGCAGCUGUGGGACUGGAGCCACCAUAACUUGACUGUCAAGGAGGGGAAGAUGUACUUUGCCUUCAACCCCAGGCUCUGCGUUUCUGAGAUUUACCGCAUGGAGGAGGUGACGGGAACCAAAGAUCGGCAAAAUAAAGGCGACAUCAAUCCGAGGAACAACGGGGACCGGGCCUCCUGCGAAAGCCACAUUCUAAAAUUUGUUUCCAACACUACAAUGAAGAAUCGGAUCAAGCUCACCUGGGAACAGUAUCGCCCUAAGGACUAUAGAGAUCUGAUCAGCUUCACUGUGUAUUACAAAGAAGCGCCCUUUCAGAACGUGACGGAAUACGAUGGGCAGGACGCCUGCGGCUCAAACAGCUGGAACAUGGUGGACGUGGACCUGCCUCCCAACAAAGAGGACAAUCCGGGGAUUUUGCUGCAGGCGCUGAAGCCGUGGACUCAGUACGCCAUUUAUGUCAAAGCUGUCACGCUAACUAUGAUGGAGAACAACCACGUCCACGGAGCAAAGAGCGAGAUCGUCUACAUCCGAACUAAAGCUGCCGUGCCAUCCAUCCCUCUGGACGUCAUAUCGGCAUCCAACUCUUCCUCCCAGCUGAUUGUGAAAUGGAACCCUCCCACUUAUCCCAACGGCAACCUCUCGUAUUACAUUGUCCGGUGGCAACAGCAGCCCCAGGACAAUUACCUGUACCGGCACAGCUAUUGCUCCAAAGAACGAGUCCCGAUUCGGAGGUAUGCUGACGGCACCAUCGACACCGAGGAAGCCACUGAGCCCACCAAACCCGAGGGCUCCGGGGGAGAGAAGGGGCCGUGCUGCGGCUGCCCAAAGACAGAGGCAGAGAAGCAAGCCGAGAAAGAAGAGGCCGAGUACCGAAAGGUCUUUGAGAAUUUCCUUCACAACGCCAUAUUCCUGCCCAGGCCGGACCGGAAACGGAGGGACUUGUUCCGAAUUGCAAACACAACUUUUGCCAGUAAGAACAGGACCGCAGCCGCCCCGGAGCACGUGGCCAACGUGUCCGAUGCUGCCGAGGAGAGCGAUAUGGAGUUCCCUUUCUCCGAAAGGAAAGUGGAAGGCCGGGAGCGGACGCUCAUCUCUCAGCUCUUGCCCUUCACGCUCUACCGGAUCGACAUCCACAGCUGCAACCACGAAGCCGCGCUCUUGGGCUGCAGCGCUUCUAACUUUGUUUUCGCAAGAACGAUGCCUGCAGAGGGAGCAGAUGACAUUCCAGGACCAGUAACGUGGGAAGGAAAAGAAGAAAACACCAUACUCCUGAAGUGGCGGGAACCCGUGAGCCCCAACGGUUUGAUACUGAUGUAUGAAAUCAAGUAUAAACAAAGCGAGGAGAAGGGGUUGUGUGUUUCCAGACAAGACUACAAGAAACUCGGAGGAGCCAAACUGACGAAUCUGAACCCUGGGAAUGUCACCGUCCGAGUCCAGGCCACAUCUUUGGCAGGGAAUGGGUCCUGGACAGAACCAAUCUCGUUCUACGUCCAACCCAAGCCAGCGAACUAUGGGAACUUCUUGCAUUUGAUUAUCGCUCUGCCCAUUGCGGUCCUGUUGAUUGUGGGAGGGCUUCUCAUCAUGCUGUACGUCUGUAACAAAAAGAGGAACAGCGACAGGCUUGGAAAUGGAGUACUUUAUGCCUCGGUCAACCCUGAAUAUUUCAGUGCUUCAGAUGUGUACGUGCCGGACGAAUGGGAAGUGCCCCGGGAGAAGAUCACCAUGUGCCGUGAAUUGGGGCAGGGCUCCUUCGGGAUGGUGUAUGAAGGGAUCGCAAAGGGGGUGGUCAAGGACGAGCCAGAAACCAGGGUGGCCAUCAAGACGGUCAAUGAGUCGGCCAGCAUGCGAGAGCGGAUUGAGUUUUUGAACGAAGCGUCGGUGAUGAAGGAGUUCAACUGCCACCACGUUGUGAGGCUCCUUGGUGUCGUGUCCCAAGGCCAACCCACCUUGGUCAUCAUGGAGCUCAUGACGCGCGGAGACCUGAAGAGUUACUUGCGCUCCCUUCGGCCCGACACAGAGAAUAACCCGGCGCACACUCUUCCGGCCCUAAAGAAGAUGAUCCAGAUGGCUGGCGAGAUCGCCGAUGGCAUGGCCUAUCUCAAUGCCAACAAGUUUGUCCACAGAGACCUCGCGGCGAGGAACUGCAUGGUGGCUGAGGACUUCACUGUGAAAAUUGGAGAUUUUGGCAUGACAAGGGAUAUCUAUGAGACCGAUUACUAUCGGAAAGGUGGGAAGGGCUUGCUGCCCGUCCGCUGGAUGUCCCCAGAAUCACUGAAGGACGGCGUCUUCACAACUCACUCGGACGUUUGGUCCUUUGGUGUUGUCUUGUGGGAGAUAGCCACACUUGCUGAGCAGCCUUACCAAGGCAUGUCGAACGAGCAGGUCCUUCGCUUUGUGAUGGAGGGCGGCCUUCUGGAAAAGCCAGACAACUGCCCCGAUAUGCUCUUCGAGCUCAUGCGCAUGUGCUGGCAGUACAAUCCCAAGAUGAGGCCUUCUUUCUUGGAAAUCAUCGGCAGCAUUAAAGACGAGCUCGACCCGGCCUUCAAGGAGGUCUCCUUCUUCUACAGCGACGAGAACAAGCCGCCCGACACGGAGGAGCUCGACUUGGAGGCGGAGAACAUGGAGAGCAUUCCUUUGGAUCCUUCCUCGACCCUCCAGCCUUCUGACAAGCACUCAGGACACAAAGCGGAGAACGGCCCCGGCGUGGUGGUCUUGCGGGCCAGCUUUGAGGAGCGGCAGCCGUACGCGCAUAUGAAUGGGGGGCGCAAGAACGAGCGCGCCUUGCCUUUGCCCCAGUCUUCGGCCUGCUGACCUAUAGAACCAGGUUUCUUUUGGGUUGCAAACACAUACAUGCAUCCGGAGGGAGGGGGGGACGAGAGCAAGCAAGCAAGCAAGGAAAAAGAAACAAUAACAAUUCAUUCAAAAGCCUACUGUACCUCAGCGGAUCUUCAGAGCUAUCACAGCUCCACACAGGAGAAUCCUCUCUUCAGUUCGAAGUUGAAAUGACGUUUCCCCCCUUCCUUCCUUCCUUCCUUCCUACCUUCCUUCUCUCUCUUUGUUUUCAAUAUGCAAGCAGAAGAUGGUUUCAAGCGAAAGGACUCUAUUGUGAAGCGGGGCGCACAGACAGCCUUCUAAAACUGUUGGCAUUAACACUUAAUAGCAAACAGAAAACUUGAUCUGACGUGUGUCUCCUUUUCUUCUUCUUUCUCUCUGCUUCAUAACGGGAAACAUAUCUGCGUGACGUUCAACUGUAUGACGGCACUUUUCUUUUUUGUUUUGCGGACAAAGAAAUCGCAUCAGAAUUGCAGGCUGACCCGCGCUCUCUCCCCGUUCCCUCUGGUGUUGUAGGUUGCGGCGAAAAACGAAAUGGGAUUCAAAGGAGAGAAAAAAAACAGAAAAGGAACCAGACUGGAGAUUUAAUAUUGUUCCUUAACCUUUUUCUUAGGAUCCCAUAAAAAGAUCGAAGGGCCGUUGUUUAAUGUCCAAGGUUGUAAUUGUUUUCAAUGCUGCCAAAUUUUGCCAAAAGAAGAAGAGAAGAACGUUCUUUUAGGAUUUCUUUUUUUGCAUAGGCCUGGAAGGAAGGAGCAAAACAAGCAUAUGCUCUGGUUUCAAUGACAUACAGACCAAUACACUCCAAAUAAACACUGGCAUUUAAACAAGGUCUAAUGGUCUAUAUAUAUUUUUUUGGACUGGACAAAACCUUGGUUGUUUAUUAUUAUUUUUUUAAAUAAAUAAACAACAACAACAGUUGAGAACAUAAAGAGGUGGAGGCCGAAUCAAUGGCCCGCCUUGACAUUCUGGACAAAACUGGCACUGGUGAGCCAAACCAGAGAGGAGGGAAAAUGAGUAUUUUGUGCAGAAAAUUCAGCAAAGGCAAGAAA